CUUUCUCUUAAAUCUCCUCCCUCCCUCUCUCUCCCCCUAUCCUCUCCCCUCUUCCCAUUCACCAUGCCUCCCGUUCUCUUCGACAGUGUCUCGGCGGUCGUCGACGCCAUGCCUAGCCCCUACGGCCUCUUCAAGGCGCUGGCUGGCGCGCUUGCCCUCUCCUCGGCCGUUUCGGACCUCAAGACCCCGGUCGCGACCCACGGUUGGGAGAUCAAGCUUGGCCUGGACCCUAACGGCGCGCUCAAGGGCGGCCGGCCGACGCACGAGCUCCUCCACGCCUUCAGACUCGAGGACACGCCCGACACCCGCUCGUACUCGUACUACGACACGGAGGGGCACGAGCUCAACAAGGCCGGGUGGGCGAUCCGCCUGCGCCACAAGGACGGCAAGGACUUUGAGGCCACGUACAAGAAGCGAUACACUGUCGGGCCUGAGGGGCUGGACGCCGCGCUCAAGCUUGCGCGUGACGAGGGCUUUGACAAGUCGGACACGAAUUAUGACGCUGAGGUCGACUGGACUUUCUCGAAGAAGACCCUCUCAUUCACCCUCAAAAAGGAGUGGCCCGCCAAGGGCCACCACGGCACGACCCUCCCGGACGACGACACCGGCCGCCACAUGCUGCUCAAGUACAUGCCGAACAAGCUGCACAACUGGGGCAAGCAGCACUGGGGAGACAAGACGAUGGCCACGACGCGCCAGCACGGCCCCGUGACCUCGAACGUCUGGAAGGGAAACUGGGCGCGCACCCUCGUCAAGCUCGAGGUGCUGCCCGUCAUCAAUGCCAAGGGCGACGGCCACGAGACCAUCGUCGAGCUCUCGUUCGGCGCCGAGACCGAGGCCGAGGCGACCUCGCUCCGUGACAAGGCUCUCAGCCAGAUGAAGUCGGCUGGGUGGCUUCUCGACCACGACGUGCUCAAGACGAGAAUCGUCCUUGACCGCUACUAGUCGGCUCGGCUGGAGACAGCCGCGCGAGGAACAUUGCGUAGCUUAGCGCCCAAAGAUGGCACUUGACGUAGCGUCAGAAGAUGUUAUCAUACAGCAGAUGGGAGGAGGCCACGGCGCAGGGGUU